AUGAUCCACCGCGAAGUAGCCGAUGGUCUAGAGCGUCUUUGGAACCAUGUGGCAGACCAGGUUGAUAAGAGGUACUUGAUUAGAUGCAGUUAUAUUGAAAUCUACAAUGAAAAGAUCAAUGACCUCCUGGAUAAGAGCAAUCAGGGUUUAACUAUAAGAGAAGAUAUCAAAGGAAAUGUGCUGCUUGAUGCAAGGGAAGCUGUCGUAGACAAUGUUGAUAAAGUUAUGGAGAACAUGAUGCAGGGCAAUAAGAUCAGACGAGUUGCAGCUACUCGCAUGAAUGAGAGGUCAUCUCGAUCACACACGAUUUUCCGGAUUAUUCUGGAGUCGAAAGAUGCCAAUCAGAAAGAUGGACCUGUACAUAUAAGCUACCUUAACUUAAUGGACUUAGCUGGUUCUGAGAGAGUUUCUCUGACGAAAGCUGCUGGUGAGCGUCUUAAAGAGGGGGCUAACAUAAACAAAUCUUUGUCAGUAUUAGGAAAUGUGAUAAGGCAACUAAGCGAGGGGAAGGAGUUUAUCAGUUAUCGCGAUUCGAAAUUGACUAGACUGCUCUCACAGGCUCUUGGCGGUAAUGCCAAAUCAUUGAUUAUCGGGAAUGUUACUUUAGCUGCAGAGGAGGAGACUAGAUCUACACAGAAUUCGCCCAAAGCACUAAAACUGUCAAAAAUAAACGAAAGUAAACAUCUUGUCAGCUACAGAAGGCACUUCAAGGAUAUCAGAACUUGA